AUGAGUAAACUGACCAGCUCGGAACUUAUUCGCUUGAUCUUGCAGGAAUCUCCACCUGCCAACAGUGAUGAGCUUGGCCAUGUAUUAUCAUUGAUCUUCAAGUCCUAUAACCGCAAGGUCCCAAAAGCAAAGGAUCUUCAAGUUUCGUUGAAGAAAAUCCACCCCGAUACCAGGGUCGAAGCAUUUCAGCAAAUUCAAAAUGAAUCAAUCCUCGUACCGCUUUAUGACACGCAAGCACGCUGUUGGAACUGGCCACUCCCAGAGUCACAUUUAGACAAACUUCCUGGACAAAAAAGUAAGCGGGCAGGAGAGAAGAGAAGAACGGACCAUGAAGAGAGGGAAGGAGAAACUAGUGGAACUACGAAUGAGAAGUCGGGAGAUUGGAUUUUCGUCGAUGACACUGGUACACCUGUUGCCUCUAGCCAGCCUGAGGAUGACGAAAUGUCCGAGUCUAUGAAUGCCAGCUCUGCCAGUGUCCAACACGAAAGUGACAGUGGUGGCAGAACCACAGUACUCCAGCCAUGGACAACGGAACAGAUUUUUGCAUCCUUUUACAAUGUCCUUUCCAUCGCCCUCCUCCUGCGACGGCCUGAACUCGCUCAGAAGCGCAUCUUAUCUCGUGUCUGGAGCGCAUCAAACUCCUCACGCCCAGUACCCGGCGAUGCAAUGGCGCGCAAACCAGACCUCACCUUACUCGAUGAUAUCGAGGCUAGAUGGGACACAAUCAAGGCCGUAUGCGAGCUGACUUCGAGUGCCUACUUACCUUCAAAUCCCCUUGCCAAAACUCUCGACUCCAAGGCGUAUCUGCUUCUCAAACACCAACCGUGGAGACGCUUCGCACUGUUGGUCUCCAUCUGCAAUGGGUAUCGCGAGCUUCGCGUCCAUCUAUAUGACCACUCGGGUGGUGUUGUCAGCCCUUGCAUAAACAUCGAUCGAGAGCCAGACAAGUUCUUACAGAUUUUUUCGUCCAUUGUCUUCGGCAAUCUCGAGUGCAUCGGGUUCGACCCCACGAUCAGUAUAUUGAAACACACACUUCACCGCACGCAUCGACCCCCUGAUUUCCGCCCCGCCAAACACUCACGCUCACCUGCUCCGCACCAGACUGCUACCUUAGCAAUCCCAGAUGCACUGAUCGUGGAAAGCGAGACCACCACAAUUGAAGAGAUCGUGAACAAACCCCCAUACACCACAGAGGAUGCGGAGCGCAAACCUGCAGCCAACAUCCCUCCAAGCAUGGUCCCCCCCGUAGACGAAGUCCCUGUUGAUCCUCUCCGUGAACCCCUCCCAGAGCCAAUCGGAAAAAUACGAGUAAAUGAAAACACGUACGAUAUACUCGAUCUAAUAUUCUCCACGCAAGGCCUCGUUGGUCGUGGCACGACGUGCUAUCUGGCCAGGAAGGACGAUGAAGAGUACAUAAUCAAAGAUCACUGGGUUCUUGGCAGUGAAUCGGAGGUCCUCAACGAAAUUCGUAUGAUGAAGAAGAUGGAUGGGCUCCGUGGUGUUCCUCGCCUUGUUGAAUAUUGGCUUGUGGAGAUGGAGCCUGGCGAGGUUGACGAGACGGUGAAGUAUCGUCAAAAGAUCACGCGCAGCUUACAGGGCACCUCCCGUACGCAUGUUCGCAUGGUUUUGAAGCCCCGUGCGCGACCCUUGUAUCAAUUCCGUUCACGUUCGGAGUUCUUGACUGCGAUACGGGACAUCUUGAAGGUCCAGAAGUUUGCGGUAGAGCAGAGGCAUAUCCUUCAUCGUGAUUGCAGUUUGAACAACGCGAUGAUUGGGGAUGAUGAUGGCGGGAUGUUGAUAGAUUGGGAGUUUGCUGUAGAUAUCGUACGAGGCGAUAAAUACAGUGUCGGGGGCACCGGCACAAUACCGUUCAUGUCGCGAUCCCUUCUCUUCCAGCUUUAUCUCAAUACACCGGAUCCGUCGGAUGAGCGCAUGGGUACACGAGCCUCGGGAUCGAAAGCAUACCCAGCCCCCAUGAUCACGCAUGUCUACAACGACGAUCUGGAGUCGAUGUUUUAUGUGUUCAUCUGGGUCUGCAUUGAGUUCAGGGGCCCUCUCGGCAUGAAGUGUGUUCUCCCUACGACUCUCCCACAUUCAAAUCAAAAAGUGAAAUGGAUAACAGGAGAAUGGUCCGCGUCGACGUACCAAAAGUGCGGGGACAGCAAGACUCGAUUUUUUCAUCAAUCUGACCACUACACUAUGGAACUCGCCAACAAUUCGACCCCUACUUCAAAUCUCUCCUUCCACUCGCGUUUAGCGUGGUAUGAACUCGUUAAAAACCCCAAGCAGUUGGUCUUUGACGACUGGCGUGGUCCAGUCAUGUCUCCUCGUGCGAGCCAGAAGAAAUCAAAGCGUAAAGCUGUAGAUUCUGAUGGUCAAGCAAAUUCUGCAAAGAAGUCGCGUGCUGGGGCCAAGGCAUCCGUGGUGUUGCAAGAGCCAAUUUCUGCAGACAAACCGUCAGUUCGACGUUCUGGACGUUCUGGCGCAGGAAAAGGAGGUAGGGUUGAGCAACUCGAAAAAAUCGGUGCUCUCUUGGAUGCCCCGGCACGGACUACUCAGCCCAAGGGCUCCACCUCCCUUGACAUCGAUGUACCAACCAAUCCUCUGGCACCUGAACCACCUCGUAAGGGUCGUGGUAAUCGCACAAAGGCAGAAACCCCUCCACCAUAUACCGUCUCGGAAACAGUGGAGGAUCCUGCAACUUCUAAAACAGGGGGAAAGAAAGGUACUAGUAAGGCAACAAAGAAAGACUUGGAUGUAUCGAAUAUGCAUCCCGCUUUUUCUCACCGCCAAUCUGGUAGCCGGUUUGGCUUUGCGCAGCCCAUCGUCCCUCCUGGCACGGAACCUGACCUACAAUACUCAACAAUCCAUAUGUAG